AUGUAUGGAAGAAGAUGUAACCAAGAUCGAAUCGAGCAUUCAUCCGUAUUUGAAUUGCUUUCUCGUGAAGUUAUUUUGAAGCGUGUGAUAGAUGGAGCAUCGUGCUAUUCACAUAUGAAGAAGUUUUGGAGCUUGAAACGCGUGAAUAAGGAAUUUUAUGCUAUUUUCAGCAGUGAUCAUGCUAAACGUACAUUCAAAUGGUCAUGUUCUAUUAAAAUUAUUCAGCCAUGUUGGAGGGCGGAUUAUAUGAGAUUCAUCCAUUUGAUAACUAUACAAACUUAUUUUAUGGGGGAGUUCGUUGAAGAAUAUUGCCGUCUGCCAUGGGCAGAUAUUGGGAAAUAUUUGAGGCAGAAAUCAUAUGGUGUAAAAAGUUUCACAAUCGGUGAAGUUUUCUUGAUUGAAGAUUGGUUUUCCACAUUCGCUGAGAUAGCAAAUCAAACUUCAGAUAAAUGGUCAUUGCGCAUCGUUGUGCGCCCUCGCUGGGACCGAUUUUGCCAAAUGAUUUCUGAGAAGCUGAAAGAUAUGAUUGAAGAGAAGAGAAUUGAUCUCUUCUUUCCCGACCGAUUAGUUGAAUUUCGCUAUGGAGGAACCCAUGAUUCUGAUAGGGAGAAGGUAUUCUGGGGAAAUGAAUUCAUAUUAGGUAUACUCAG